UCUUUUGGAUUUUCUGCAUAUUUUCUUUGAACAUUUCUCUUGACAGUUUAUGUGAAACUCAGUAACGUACGGAGUAGCUUACUGUGAGGUGAAUAAACAUGUCCGUAAACUAGCAAACCCUUUAAAAGGAUACACUUAACAGAUGCCGCUGUUAAUCGCUGGUGUUAUCUCAUUUAUCUGAUUUUCUGUAAAGUAUAAACGUUUUUCCUCUAGACGUCUUUACCAUAAAAUGAGAGGAUUUGGCGUUCGCUUUCUUCGCCUCUUCUCCCGAGCUUCAACAGCUGUUCCCCAAAUCACCACAACACCGUUAACAUGCUGCCUUCACCGAAGGGUCUGGGUGUGUUCCCUCCCUUUCGUCUAUCGGAGGAGUGUGAGCAGCGCAGCAGUCAGCCAGCACAUCCAGGACCUGAGCGGGCCUGAGCAGAGACUGCUGAAUAAACUAUAUGGUGGACUGAUCUCAGGACAGCGAGCGUCUCUGGCGGAGUCCAUCACUCUGGUGGAGACACAGCACCCCAGGAAGAAGGAGCUGGCCCAGGUGCUCCUGCAGAGGGUUCUGGCAUACCAGAGGGAGCAGGAGAACCAGAAUGGAGGGAAACCAGUGGCCUUCAGAGUAGGCUUGUCUGGUCCUCCUGGAGCUGGGAAGUCCUCUUUCAUUGAAGUGGUCGGUAAGAUGUUAACAGGUCGUGGACAUAAAGUGGCGGUGCUGGCUGUCGACCCUUCCUCCUGCACCACAGGGGGGUCGCUGCUGGGUGAUAAGACUCGUAUGACUGAGCUUUCAAGAGACAUGAAUGCUUUCAUCAGGCCGUCGCCAACCUCAGGAACGCUCGGCGGUGUCACUCGAACAACCAACGAGGCCAUCGUUCUGUGUGAGGGGGCUGGAUAUGACAUCAUUCUAGUGGAAACUGUUGGUGUUGGUCAGUCUGAAUUCGCUGUGGCAGACAUGGUUGACAUGUUUGUGCUUUUGAUUCCACCAGCAGGUGGCGACGAACUCCAGGGUAUCAAGAGGGGCAUCAUUGAGCGUGCUGAUUUGGUGGUAGUGACAAAGUCUGAUGGAGAUCUGGUGGUGCCGGCCAGGAGGAUCCAGAGCGAAUACACCAGCGCCCUCAAGCUGCUCAGGAGAAACUCCAAGUCCUGGAACCCUGAGGUGGUGCGAGCCUCCUCACACAGCUCAGAGGGCAUCCCAGAGGCCUGGGCCAAGAUGGAGUCAUUCAGGAACACUGUGUUGACCAGCGGGGAGCUUCAGGGCCGCCGGAGGGCCCAGCAGAAGGUGUGGAUGUGGAGUUUGAUCCAGGAGAAUGUCCUGUGUCACUUCCAAAAUCACCCGAGUGUCAGAGAGGCUCUGCCCCGCCUGGAGGAGCAGGUCACCAGAGGAGUGAUCUCUCCAGGACUUGCUGCUGACCUGCUGCUUAAAGCUUUCUCAGCGUCGUCAUAGCGAUGGCUGCAGCUUCACUUUCGGGGGAGGACAGUUUCCUUGGUGUGUGGAGGACCGAUCAAACAGCCGUGGGUCUAAUCUUCUUAUUUACACAAAAAUAAAGUAUUUAAAUUUGAAAUGACUGAGAUAAAAGUCUCAGUAGAAACUUCUACUGAACAGUUUCAGACCACAUGGAGAGAACUGCUGCUCAUCCAUGGAAGGAGGACACAUUUGAUUUGUGCUGUAAGAACCGAGAAGAUGGCUUUCUCUGCAGAUGGCACCCACCAAGUCAGGAUUUUAAAGGUUUUAUUAUUACGACUGAAGAAAUAUUUUCACCGUUCUUCACUUUUAGAAACGAUGACGCGUCGGCUUGUGUAUCCUGUAUGACAAACUGCUAAAGAGUGUUAUAAAAGAAUGUGUUUUACAGUUUUUGUCCCACUUUACUCACAGUCAACGCUGCAGAAUAUUUACCCUCUCCACAAUAAGUCAUGAAUGGAUUUCGCGUUCAGUGAUGUGAUUUAAAACGUUAGAAAAGCAACAAGCUUUUUUCAGGUGUUUAUAAUGUAACAGCUUUUCUCUGAUUUAUGCUAAUGAUAAUAAAAAGAAGUGAGUGAUUAAGUCUACCUGCGUUACUCCUGAGACCCUCAGUGAUGUAAUGACAUGUAUUCUCCUCUCUAGGGCCAGAAAGGCCACGAUCGGAGUUCCACAGAUACGUGUACUAAUGUACAUUUAACAAAAACACAUCUGGAAAUCAAAAAUAGGUCGUCUCUUAUUCUGUAUACAGAUAAUUUGCUAGUUUUUCAUGAUUUUUCACAAAGUUUAAAAAAAUGAAAUAAAUUUUAAAUUGGAGUUAAAUUGUUGCCAUUUGGAAGGAUGCAUAAAUCGGUAAUGCUCAUAAAUACAAAAUAUUAGGUUGUGAUGGCUAACAAACAGAGUUCUAGUUUGACUCUACAGUUUUCAUUGCUGCUCCUUUGGAGACACAUUUACAUGCAAACAGUUUAUUUAGCUUUACAAUAAAUCAUCCUUGUCUGAAACGGGUUAUUUUUUACAUAAGGGGAAUUUUAUUUACAUAUAACAUUUUGCAUAUAGGAACUACAAAGCGUUUCUGAAUAAAUCGAGGCUCAGUUCUAGGCCCUCUUUUAUUUAUCAUCUAUUUGCUCCCCCUUGGUUACAGUUUCCGCAAAUACAACGUUGAUUUUCACUGCUAUGCUGAUGACACCCAGCUGUACAUUUCCUCCAAUCCAAAUGCAUCCCUUCCACCAAUCUCCCUCUCUAACUGUCUAUCUGAAAUUAGAUCUUGGCUCUCUCAGAACCUACCAAAACUAAACGGCAAUAAAACGGAACUCCUCCUCAUUGACACCGCUUCUGUUUUAAAAAAUUCUCCCAACUUCUCUAUCAAUAUUGACGACUCCACAGUUCACCCAUCCUUACAGGUAAAAAGUCUUGGUGUCAUACUAGAUGGUACACUUUCAUUCCGAUCUCACAUUAACCGUGUUACUCGAGUCGCAUAUUACCAUCUUCGCAAUAUCAACAGACUCCGUCCUUUUCUCACGCCUCAUGCUGCUGCAAUCCUCGUUCAUAGUCUCAUCACCUCUCGCAUCGACUACUGUAACUCCCUUCUGUUUGGUCUCCCAACUAAGUCCCUUCAUGAACUCCAACUUCUCCAGAACUCUGCAGCACACAUCAUUACUGGGACCCCCUCAAGAAAUCACAUCACUCCUGUUCUUAAAAACCUACAGUGGUUGCCAAUAGAAACCAGGAUAUAUACAAGAUCCUACUACUUACAUUUAAAUCUGUACAUAGCAUGGCUCCACUUUAUCUAUGUAACUUACUAACUAUUGCACCCAUCCUCAUCUGCACUUCAUCUGGUUCAACCUCGAGCUCGCCUUACCACCAUGGGGAGCAGCGCUUUCCGCUGCUCUGCUCCACAGCUCUGGAACUCACUUCCCUCUACCGUUAGAAAUACGGACUCUUUUCCAUUAUUCAAGGCACACCUCAAAACCCACUUAUUCAAACAAGUUUAUUCCCUUUAGACCUAGACUUUAGAAUUGUUUCAGAUUUUUAUGUAUCUUGUUUGUUCUUAUUGCCCUAUCUAACCUCUGUUGUUUUUUGCUUUUAUCUUUGUAAGGUGACCUUGGGUUUGAGAAAGGCGCCCUCAAAUAAAAUGUAUUAUUAUUAUUAUUAUUAUUAUUAUUA